UGACUUCUCCUCUGAGCGUCGCAUCGUGUUUCUUUCACUUGGCUUUGAACCACAGUAGUGAUACGAUGAAUUACAGGAGUGCAGGCGUUCCCUUACUUCUUCUAUUGGCCGUUUCGGCUUAUGCCGAAGUCGUACAAUGGACGGCUUGCAAUUACGAACCCAAUGUUCCUAUUAACUGUACCGUUCAUGAGGUCCGUGUGAAUCCCUGCAAGGAAGCUGCACAGAAUAAACCAUGCCGUUUGAAACGGGGUCACGAUGCUAGCAUCAGUUUUGACUACACAGCCGAUUUCGAAGGCACCGCUUUGGAAAGUCGUGCGUACUGGGCCACCGAGGUGGUAGAUCUGCCGUUUUUAGGAAUGGAAACAAAUGCCUGCACAGCCACCGAAUGUCCAGUUACUCCUGGCAAGAAACAGUCGUACACUGUAUCCUUACCGAUUUCCAAGAAAUAUCCAGUUAGAACUUACGAUGUCAAGUGGAAGCUUUGGAACGAGCAACAGCAAGAGUGCUGCUUCAAAUUCCAAAUCAAACUGCACAAGUAAAGAAGCACUGUUCGACUCUUUGUUCGUUACACUCCGGCAUCGUUAGGUCAUUGCGAUUUGCUAUUUGAUUAUUUGAUCGAAUAAAACGGUCCUUUGUUAACGCA